CUUACCAAUAUUAGUAUUUAGUGUAGGUAUUGUGUUUUAGAAUGUAAAAUAUCUGUAAUUUUAAAUUAGUUUUUUUAAUAUCGCAAUAUCUUUGGUUUUACGCAUCGUUCGCCAGAUCACUCGAUAGUCGAUUAAAUAUCCUAUUUUAAUUUUUAUAAAUAUAUAUUGUCAAUACAAUAUAUUAGGCAUAAAGGCGUCACAUUGUUAUAAUACAUUGUAUUGUGGCAUUGAUUGUUCAAUAUCUGACCUCGUUAAACUAUAGUUACCGCAACACGUAGCGUCUUUUUAAACUACCUUCCAAUAAUCUAUAGAUCACUUCAGUUACCAUGAGUGUGUCCAUUAGCUGUUCUAUUCGUAUUUUGAUCAUACUUGUAUCUUCACUAUUAUCUGACUGCAGUUUUCUACGAGGACCUAAUAAGAAGCAACCUCAUAUCAUUCUCAUCGUUGCUGACGAUUUGGGAUGGAACGACGUUGGUUUUCAUGGAUCAAUUCAAAUACCCACUCCAAAUAUUGAUGCUUUGGCGUAUAAUGGUGUAAUAUUAAAUCGCCAUUAUGUCCAACCAACUUGCACUCCGUCUAGAGCUGCUUUGCUUACCGGAAAAUAUCCCAUUCGAUAUGGCCUUCAAGGAUUUCCAAUUAUUGCUGGUGUACCAUUGGCACUUCCGUUAAAUGAAAAAAUUUUACCACAAUAUUUGAAAGAUCUGGGUUAUUCAACUCAUUUGGUGGGGAAAUGGCACUUGGGCGCAAACAAAAACCAGCAUACCCCCAUAAAAAGGGGAUUCGACAGUCAUUUUGGUUAUUGGAAUGGAUUCAUAAGUUAUAGGAACAGUACGCAUUCUACGGGAUUAAUGGUAGGGAAAGAUGCCAGGCGUGGGUUCGAAAGAGCAGGAGACGAGAUGGUUGAUCGAUAUGCAACAGACAUUUUCACCGACGAAGCUAAUAAAGUUAUAAAGUUAUGUAAAAAUCAUGAUAAACCAAUGUUUUUAAUGGUAAGCCAUUUAGCCGUUCAUACCGGAGUACCUGGACCAAAUAUCUUGGAAGUUUCAAAUAAAACACACAAUGAUAUCAGAUUUGAUUAUAUUGAAAACAAAGAGAGAAGACUUUAUGCUGGAAUGUUGACUUCAUUGGAUGAAUCUGUUGGUAGUAUCAUUGAAUCAUUAGAUAAUAACGGAAUGCUAGAAGAUUCAAUUGUGUUGUUUAUAUCUGAUAACGGUGCACCGGCUGACGAUCCUAUAUGGGGUUAUGGGAAUUCAGGAUCGAAUUGGCCAUUAAGAGGAGAAAAAGGAGCAGUUCUUGACGGCGGAGUGCGUGGAGUGGCUGCAAUAUGGAGUCCGUGGUUGAAAAAGAAACACAGAAUUUUUGAAAAUUUGUUUCAUAUAACUGAUUGGUUGCCCACCCUAUACACUGCUGCAGGUGGUGAUUUUGAAGACUUAGGUCAAAUUGAUGGCGUUGAUCAAUGGGAGAGUUUAACUGAAACUUCAAAACGUACGAGAUCGAUGGUUUUAAUCAAUAUCGAUGAAACAAGUGGAGAGGAAGCAUUGAUAUUCAACCAUUGGAAGGUCGUAAAAAGUAACCGCACGAGUGACAUUGCCUAUUAUCUGAAAUACAGCGGUGAACCCGGGAACGUAGGACCGGACUACAAUAUGACCGCUGUUGCAGAAAGUCUGGCUGGUUCGCGUUUAUCGAAAAUAAACUGUUUGGUGUCCAAAGCAGACUGCAUGGACACGUUGACUACGUACGAUCUGUUUUAUAACGUUCGUUCCCAGGCCAAGAUCGACGGCAAGUGUAGCGAACGAAUCUCUGACCCAGACCCCAACGCGCGCUACGAGUGUUUUGACAGCCCCUGUUUGUUCGACAUACAGCGGGACCCUUGCGAAUAUCAAAACAUAGCAAGCCGAAACCCGGAAGCUCUCAACAUGACGGCGGACAUAUUGGCACAAUUCAAAAACGAAAUGACGAUGCAAAACUACCCGGAAACCGAUCCCAAGUCAGACCCUAGAUUUUUCGACGGGUAUUGGGACACGUGGUUGGAAAAAUCUGGCGGUUCGAUAUCAUUCAACGGAAACCUACAUACGCGCGUUAUUAUAAUCUUGACCGCGUGUUUUUAUUAUUAUUUUAUGAUUUGACGAAAUUGUGUCCAACAUACCAAAUACCAAUAUAUUAAUACCUAUACAGUAUAUAACUAUAUAAGUAUACAACUAUUAAACUAUAUCUAUGAUUAUCUAUAAUAUAAGCAUAUUAAGCAUAAUUAUGUAUUAUCCAUAUACAUACUAGGUUGUGUAGGUAUACUGUAAAAGUAGGUACAAAGUACAAACGAUUAUAUUUAUACUAUUAAAGCAUUAACAUAAAUAUAAAAAUUGUGUGACAGAUACCAAAUUUUGUACAAAAUACAAUACAUGACGUAUAUAGUGUAUAAUAUGAAUAUUAAUUAACAUUGCAUUUACUGAAUAUGUCUAUUAAAAUCUUUAUAUCUAUGUAGCAACAUUUUUAUAUUAUUUUUGAAAAAUAAUAAAACAUAUUGCAAUUUUGGUAAUUAAAAACUAAAAAA